CUCACGCUGCCACAGACGCGUCGUGUCGUUACUCAGUGAGAGUGUGAAGCCGCCCAGACGGUUUAUUUCGAGGACUUCCUUCACCAUCACGCCGCUGAUGACUGACCCAACGCCGCGCGCUCGCCUUCAGCCCACGGCACAAAGCGGAGAACCAGUCCCCCCCCCCUCCUCCUCCUCCUCCUCCUCCUCGUUUCUCCUCUUCACUAAACAAAGCUAAAGUGUGGGCUGGGCUUGGGAAAGUGAAGAUUUGAAUUUGACUGUUAUCUGAUACGACCCCCUUUUUCCCCUCUUCAUGUCGCUCGGAUAGAAGAGAGCGGGAGGGGGUACCGACUAGAGCUGAGACGAGGAACGCUAUUCCCCCGAAAAACAGUUGUACUCUCGUGCGUGUGUGUGUAGCGUGGGGGGGGGGCGCUCCCUCAACAAAGUCCACGCUGCGCCUCCACGCGUAGACCGCGCAUGAUGGCUGAAGUCAAAGAGCGUCCCGCCGCGUCCCUGCGGUGCGCCUCCUUCCACCGCGACAUAACGCACGAACGAGCCGAUUACAUCCACGAGAUGAGCUGCGGACAGGUGGGGUCGCGUUUGUACAGUCGGAUGUGUUGCGCAGAUGAAAGGGACCGGGUACAAAAGAAGACCUUCACAAAAUGGGUGAACAAGCAUUUGAUGAAGGCCCAGAGGCACAUCACUGACUUGUAUGAAGAUCUCAGGGAUGGACACAACCUUAUCUCCCUGCUGGAGGUGCUCUCCGGAGAGACGCUGCCUCGUGAGAAGGGACGGAUGCGUUUCCACAAACUACAAAAUGUACAGAUUGCCCUGGACUUUCUCAAACACAGACAGGUCAAACUGGUCAACAUCAGAAAUGAUGAUAUCGCAGAUGGAAACCCCAAGCUGACUCUGGGACUGAUAUGGACCAUCAUCCUUCACUUCCAGAUCUCAGACAUUCAGGUGAAUGGCCAGUCGGACGACAUGACAGCCAAGGAGAAGCUGCUGCUGUGGUCCCAGAGGAUGGUGGAGGGAUACCACGGCAUGCGCUGCGACAACUUCACCACCAGCUGGAGGGAUGGAAAGCUCUUCAACGCCGUCAUACACAAACACAGGCCCACUCUGAUUGAUAUGAACAAAGUAUAUCAGCAGACGAAUCAGGUGAACCUGGAGCAGGCCUUCACUGUGGCGGAGAGAGACCUGGGCGUCACCAGACUGUUGGAUCCAGAAGAUGUGGAUGUAACCCACCCAGAUGAAAAAUCCAUCAUCACAUACGUCUCCUCUCUGUAUGAUGUCAUGCCCCGGGUACCUGACGUUCAGGAUGGUGUCAAAGCCAACGAGCUGGAACUGCGUUGGCAAGAGUACUAUGAGCUGGUCACCCUGCUGCUGCAGUGGAUCAGACAUCACAUCAUCGUUUUCGAGGAGAAAAAGUUUCCCAGCAGUUACGAGGAAAUUGAGAUUCUUUGGCGUCAGUUUCUGAAAUUUAAGGAAACAGAGCUCCCUGCAAAAGAGGCAGACAAGAACCGCUCUAAACACAUCUAUAAGUCGUUUGAGGGUGCAGUCCAGGCAGGCCAUGUCAAAGUGCCACCAGGAUAUCACCCCCUUGAUGUCGAGAAGGAAUGGGGUCGUCUGCAUGUUGCCAUCCUGGAGAGAGAGCGCCUGCUAAGGACUGAAUUUGAAAGGCUGGAGCGUCUUCAGAGGAUUGUCAGUAAGGUCCAGAUGGAGUCUGGGGUGUGCGAGGAGCAGCUCAACCAGGUGGAAACCCUUCUGCAGACGGAUGUAAGGAUGCUGAGCUCAGGAAAACCUGCUCAACAUACAUCAGAGAUCGAGGCAGACCUGGAGAAGGCAGAGGGAAUGAUCCGACUCCUUUUCAAUGAUGUCCAACUACUCAAAGAUGGACGCCACCUUCAAGCUGAGCAGAUGUAUCGCAGGGUGUACCGUCUUCAUGAAAGGCUGGUGAACCUGCGCAGUGAGUAUAACCUGCGUCUCAAGUCGGGCUUGUCCACAGUCCAGCUGCCCAUGGCCCAAAUUCAAACCACACAGGUCCUGCAGCAGGCCCCCAUGAGGGUGAGGCCCGAGCUAGAUGAAGUGACGCUGCGUUACAUCCAGGACCUGCUCGGCUGGGUGGAGGAAAACCAGCAGAGAGUGGACCAGGGGGAGUGGGGCUCCGACCUGCCCACCGUGGAGUCACAGCUGGGCAGCCACCGUGGUCUGCACCAGUCUGUGGAGGAGUUUCGUUCCAAGAUUGAGCGAGCAAAGGCUGACGAGAGUCAAGUCUCGCCAGUCAGUAAAGGUGCCUACCGUGACUAUCUUGGCAAGCUGGAGCUGCAGUAUGGCAAGCUCCUGAAUGCCUCCAAGGUUCGCCUGCACAACCUGGACCAGCUUUACGCCUUUGUCACCGCAGCGACCAAAGAGCUGAUGUGGCUCAACGAGAAAGAGGAAGAGGAGGUCAACUACGACUGGAGCGAACGCAACACCAACAUGACAGCUAAGAAAGACAACUACUCGGGUUUGAUGCGAGAGCUGGAGCUAAGGGAGAAGAAGGUGAACUCUGUUCAGGCCACUGGGGACAAGCUUCUGAAAGACGGACACCCUGCCAGGAAGACGGUGGAGGCCUUCACAGCAGCCCUGCAGACUCAGUGGAGUUGGAUCCUUCAGCUGUGCUGCUGCAUCGAAUCCCACCUCAAACAAAAUACUGCCUACUUCCAAUUCUUCUCUGAUGUGAAGGAGGCAGAGGAGAAAAUGAAGAAGAUCCAGGACACGAUGAAAAGGAAGUACACAUGUGACCGCUCCAUCACCGUCACACGGCUGGAGGACCUGCUCCAGGAUGCUGCUGAUGAGAAAGAGCAGCUGAUAGAAUUUAAAACCCACCUGGACGGCCUGAACCACCGGGCCAAGACGACUAUUCAGCUGAAACCACGCAACGCUGCAACCCCGAUAAAGGGCAAGCUGCCCAUCCAAGCUGUCUGUGACUUCAAGCAGAUGGAGAUCACAGUUCACAAAGGAGAUGAGUGUUUCCUGUUAAACAACUCUCAGCCCUACAAAUGGAGGGUGGUGAAUGACAAAGGCAGCGAGGCGACUGUGCCCUCCGUCUGCUUCCAGGUUCCUCCCACCAAUAAGGAGGCUUUGAACGGUGUCACAGGACUGGAUGGCAAUCUCCAGAGGUUGCUGAUGCUGUGGCAGACGAUGAAUGUGGACAUGAAGAGUCUUCUGUCAUGGCAGUACCUGAUGAGAGACAUCCACAUCAUCAACUCCUGGAACAUCACAAUGUUUAAGACCCUCAAAGUGGAAGAGUACCGCCUGGCACUGAGGAACCUGGAGCAGCACUACCAGGACUUCCUGAGAGACAGCCAGGACUCUCAGCUUUUUGGGGCAGAGGACCGCCUGCAAGUAGAGAAUGGCUACAAUAAGGCCAACCAGCGCUACAACACACUGGUCAGCUCUAUGGAACAAGGCUAUGUGGCACCCAAAGGAGGUGAGCAGGACGAGUCUGUGUGCAAGACCUACCUGACCAAGCUCAAGGAUCUGCGUCUGAGACUGGAGGGCUGUGAGACCCGCACCGUCACACGCCUCCGCCAGCCUGUGGAGAAGGAGCCACUUAAAGCCUGUGCUCUUAAGACUGCUGAGCAAACGAAAGUCCAGUCAGAGUUGGAGGGUUUGAAGAAAGACCUGAACUCAAUGGCUGAGAAGACGGAGGAGGUGCUGGUCUCCCCUCAGCCAUCCGGCACAGCUCCAAUGCUGCGCUCCGAGCUCGACCUCACACUGAAGAAGAUGGAGCAAAUUUAUAGCCUGUCUUCUGUCUACCUGGACAAGUUGAAGACCAUUGACGUUGUGAUCAGAAGCACCAAAGACGCAGAGGACGCCUUGAUGAGCUAUGAGAGCCGUCUGCGUGAUGUCACCAAGGUGCCAACCGAUGAAAAGGAGGUGGAGAAUUACCGCAGCCAGCUUAAGAAAAUGCAAGGUGAGGCAGAGGCCGACCAGAAAGUAUUCGAUCGGCUGCAGGAGGAGCUCAAGAGGGCGAUGGCCAUCAACGACCGCAUGACGCGAGUUCACAGUGAGCGAGAUGCCGAGCUGGAGCAUUACCGCCAGCUGGUCAGCAGCCUCCUGGAGCGCUGGCAGGCUGUGUUCGCCCAGAUUGAUCUGCGGCAGCGAGAGCUGGACCUCCUGGGACGCCAGAUGCACUCCUAUCGCAAGAGCUACGACUGGCUCAUCAGCUGGUUGGGCCAAGCCAAGCAGCAGCAGGAGAAGAUCCAAGCUGUGCCCAUUGGCGACAGCAAGGCUCUCAAGGAGCAGCUGGCACAGGAGAAGAAACUCCUGGAGGAGAUCGAGAAAAACAGAGACAAGGUUGAAGAUUGCCAGAAAUAUGCAAAGGCAUAUAUUGAUGCAGUCAAGGAUUAUGAGCUUCAGGUUGUGACGUACAAAGCACUCCAGGAUCCCAUAGCAUCUCCUUUGAAGAAAACUAAAAUGGAGUCCACAUCAGAUAACAUCAUCCAAGAGUAUGUUACUCUGAGAACCCGCUACAGCGAGCUGAUGAUUCUGACCAGCCAGUACAUCACUUUCAUCACGGAGACACAGCGUCGUCUGGAGAACGAAGAGAAAGCUACUGAAAAACUAAAGGAAGAGGAGAGGAAAAAGAUGGCAGAAAUGCAGGCGGAGUUAGACAAACAAAAACAGUUAGCUGAGGCCCAUGCAAAAGCUGUGGCCAAAGCAGAACAAGAAGCCCAGGAGCUGAAGUUGAAAAUGAAAGAUGAGGCCAGCAAAAGGCAAGAUGUCGCUGUGGAUGCUGAAAAACAGAAGCAGAGCGUUCAGCAAGAGCUGCAACAGCUUAGGAGCCUGUCUGAGCAGGAGGUCAAGUCCAAGAAUCAGCAAGUGGAAGAGGCUCUGCUCAGCCGCACCAAGGUAGAGCAGGAGAUCAACAUCAUCAGAGUUCAGUUAGAGACCACAAUUAAACAGAAGCAAACAGCUGAGACUGAGCUGCAGCAGCAUAGAGCCAAGGCUUCUGAGGCUGAGAAGCUGAGGAAAGCUGCUCAGGAAGAGGCAGAGAGGCUUCGUAAGCAGGUGACAGAAGAGACUCAGAAAAAGAAACAAGCGGAGGAAGAGCUUAAACACAAAUCUGAGACUGAGAAAGAGGCUGCCAAGCAGAAACAGAAAGCAAUGGACGAGCUACAGAAAUUCAAAAUGCAAGCCGAAGAGGCAGAGAGGCGCAUGAAACAGGCUGAGGAGGAGAAACAGAGGCAGAUCAAGGUAGUCGAGGAGGUGGCACAGAAGACGGCUGUUACUGAGCUACAAAGCAAACGCAUGGCGUUUGAUGAAAAGGCAACUAAGCUUGAGGAAUCGCUGAAGAAAGAACAGGGCACCGUCCUUCAGCUGCAGGAGGAGGCUGAAAAACUCAAGAAACAACAAGAUGAAGCUAACCAAGCCAGAGAACAAGCAGAGAAAGAGCUUGAGAUGUGGAGACAGAAGGCCAAUGAGGCUCUGCGGUUAAGGCUUCAGGCUGAGGAAGAAGCCCACAACAAGAGUCAGGCUCAAGAGGAAGCUGAGAGGCAGAAGGUGGAGGCUGAGCGAGAUGCUAAGAAAAGGGCUAAGGCGGAAGAAGCUGCACUAAAACAAAAGGAAAAUGCAGAGAAAGAGCUGGAAAAACAGAGAAAACUAGCAGAACAAACAGCUCAGCAAAAGCUGUCUGCAGAGCAGGAGUGUAUACGCUUAAAAGCUGACUUUGAACAUGCUGAACAACAGAGGACCCUCUUGGAUGGUGAGCUCCAGCGCUUAAAAAAUGAGGUAAAUGCUGCUGAAAACCAGAGAAAACAACUGGAGGAGGAACUGGCUAAAGUCAGGAGUGAAAUGGAUGCUCUUCUUCAGGUGAAGCUAAACGCUGAGAAGGAAAUGACAACUAACACAGAGAAAAGCAAGCAGCUUCUUGAAUCCGAGGUGCAGAAAAUGAAACACCUCGCUGAAGAAGCAGCCAGACUGAGAUCAGUCGCAGAGGAGGCUAAGAAGCAGCGGCAGAUGGCAGAGGAAGAUGCAGCUCGUCAAAGAACUGAGGCUGAAAAGAUACUGAAAGAAAAACUGGCUGCCAUCAAUGAGGCAACUCGUCUUAAGACUGAGGCUGAGAUUGCCCUGAAAGAGAAAGAAGCAGAAAAUGAAAGACUUAAAAGACAAUCUGAGGAUGAAGCCUAUCAGAGAAAGCUAUUGGAGGACCAAGCAUCGCAGCAUAAGCAGGACAUUGAGGAGAAAAUCUUACAGCUGAAGAACUCAUCUGACUCUGAGCUGGAGCGGCAGAAAAAGAUUGUCGAGGAGACACUUCAUCAAAGGAAGGUGGUUGAAGAGGAGAUCCGUAUCAUCAAACUCAACUUUGAGAAAGCAUCAAGAGGCAAGAUUGAUUUGGAACUGGAAUUGAACAUGCUGAAAAGCACUGCAGACGAAACACAGCAGAGCAAGCUCAAGGCUGAGGAAGAGGCUGAGAAGCUGAAAAAGCUUGCUGUACAGGAAGAGAAGAAGAGGAAAGAGGCAGAGGAGAAAGUUAAGAGGAUUACUGCAGCAGAGGAAGAAGCAGCAAGACAAUGCAAGGCUGCUCAGGAGGAAGUUGAACGCCUCAAAAAGAAAGCCAGCGAAGCCAAGAAACAGAAAGAGGAAGCUGACAAACAGGCAGAAAAACAGAUCGUAUUAGCCAAAGAGGCAGCGCAGAAAUGUAGUGCUGCAGAGCAGAAAGCACAAGAUGUCCUCAGUAAAAAGAAAGAGGACAGUCUUGCUCAGGACAAGCUAAAAGAGGAGUUUGCAAAUGCCAAGAAACUUGCACAAGCUGCUGAGAAAGCCAAAGGCAAAGCAGAGAAAGAGGCUGCCUCACUUCGUGAAAAAGCAGAGGAAGCUGAAAAGCAGAAGAAAUCCGCAGAGGAGGAAGCUGCCAAACAAGCCAAAGCUCUAAAGGAUGCAGAGAGGCUCAGGAAGGAAGCCGAGCAGGAGGCUUCCAGGCGAGCAGAUGCUGAGGCAGCAGCUCUAGAACAGAAGCGGCAGGCUGACACGGAGAUGGCCAAGCACAAAAAACAAGCCGAACAAACGCUCAAGCAGAAGUCUCAGGUUGAGAAGGAGCUGACAAAGGUUAAGAUACAAUUAGAUGAGACUGAUAAGCAGAAAGCUGUCCUGGAUGCAGAGCUGCAGCGAUUAAAGGGUGAGGUAAAUGACGCAGUCAAACAAAAAGCUCAGGUUGAGGAUGAACUGUCCAAGGUCAGGAUCCAGAUGGAGGAGCUGCUGAAGCUUAAGCUGAAGAUUGAAGAAGAAAAUAAGCGCCUCAUAAAGAAAGACAAAGAUAACACACAGAAAUUCCUCGCAGAGGAGGCAGAGAAAAUGAAGGCCCUGGCAGAGGAUGCUGUCAGGCUUAGUGUGGAAGCUCAAGAAACAGCUAGACAGAGACAGAUUGCAGAGUCUGACCUUGCUGAACAGCGCACUCUUGCAGAUAAAAUGCUCAAGGAGAAAAUACAGGCUAUCCAAGAGGCUGCCACAUUGAAAGCUGAGGCAGAGGAGCUCCAGAGACAGAAGGACCAGGCACAGGAAAAAGCUCAAAAACUACUCGAGGACAAACAACAGAUGCAGCAGCGCCUUAAUGAGGAGACAGAGGGCUUCCAAAAGUCAUUAGAAGCUGAGCGCAGGAGGCAGCUCGAAGUUUCAGCUGAGGCAGAGAAAUUGAAACUCAGGGUUAAAGAGCUCAGUGAUGCUCAGUCUAAGGCAGAAGAGGAGGCCAGGAAAUUCAGGAAACAGGCUGAUGAAAUUAGAGCUCGUCUUGAAGAGAAAGAGAAACAAACUGCAGAUAAAGUUGUUGUGGAAAGGCUGGAGGCACAGAGAUUACAGAGCACCAAAGAAGCUGAUGAGUUGCGCAAUGCCAUUGCUGGCCUUGAGAAGGAGAAGGCGAAAUUGAAGAAAGAGGCUGAGGAACUUCAGAAUAAGUCUAAAGAGAUGGCACAAGCCCAACAAGAGCAGAUUGAGCAAGAGAAAACAACUCUACAACAGACGUUCCUUACAGAGAAGGAGUUGCUGCUGAAAAGGGAGAAGGCCAUUGAAAAAGAGAAAAAGAAGCUUGAAGAACAAUUUGAAGAUGAGGUAAAAAAGGCUAAAGCUCUCAAAGAUGAGCAAGAGCGUCAACGAAAGCAAAUGGAAGAGGAAAAAAUAAAACUUCAAGCCACCAUGGAUGCUGCUUUGAAAAAGCAAAAGGAUGCUGAGGCAGAGAUGAAGACGAAACAAAAAGAAAUGGAAGACCUUGAAAAGAAAAGACUUGAACAGGAAAAACUUCUGGCAGAGGAGAACAAAAAGCUUAGAGAGAAACUGAAGAAGUUGGAGGUUGCUCCCAAACCAGCCACAUCCGAGACCAAGGAAACUGAAGUCCAGACUGAUAAAGUUCCUGAGGAGCAGUUAAUUGCUAUGACAAUGGUAGAAACUACAAAGAAAGUUUUCAAUGGCUCAGUUGAGGUGGAUGGUAGGAAGAAAAAUGCAGAAUCAGCAUUAGCAUUUGAUGGUAUUAGAGAGCGGGUUCCUGCAGAAAGACUCCAUGAUAUUGGUAUCCUUACCAAAAAGGAAUUUGACAAACUGAAAAAAGGCAAAGCCACUGUGCAAGACCUAGGACAAAAUGUUAAAGUUAAAUCAUGUCUCAAGGGCCAGAAUAGUGUUGGUGGCAUACUGACCCCAUCAAAAGAGAAAAUGAGCAUCUAUCGUGCCAUGAAAGAGAAGAAAAUUACUCCCAACAUUGCCACAAUGCUUUUAGAAGCUCAAGCAGCUUCUGGUUACAUUAUUGAUCCAGUAAAAAACAAGAUGCUAUCUGUGGAUGAGGCUGUUAAGGAUGAGCUAAUUGGCCCUGAGCUUCAUAACAAAAUGCUCUCAGCAGAGAGAGCAGCAACCGGUUUCAAAGAUCCCUAUACUGGUGCCAAAAUCUCCCUCUUUGAAGCAAUGAAAAAGGGACUCAUUGAAAAGGACCAGGCUAUCAAGUUCCUGGAUGUGCAGCUUGCAACUGGUGGAGUAAUUGACCCUAUUAAUAGUCAUAGAGUACCCCUUCAGACAGCCUAUAAACAGGGUCAGUUUGAUGAAGACAUGAACAAGAAACUAGCUGAUCCCAGUGAUGAAAUCAAAUUAUUCAUUGAUCCCAGUACUCAGGAACAUCUCACUUACAAGCAGUUACUUGAAAGGUCCACCAAGGAUGAAGAGACAGGCUUGCUAAUCUUACCGGUCACAGAGAAAGCUGCUCAAACUGAAGUAACCUACACAGAUGAGCAGACUAAAGAGAUAUUGAGUAAAUCAAAUGUCACUGUUCCUUUUGGAAGAUUCAAAGGCAAAACUGUCACCAUUUGGGAAGUCAUCAAUUCAGAGUACUUUACUGAAAUACAGAGAAAGGAUUUGAUUCGCCAGUACAGGACAGGCAAAAUCACGGUAGAAAAGAUUAUAAAAAUUGUGAUCACUGUUGUGGAAGACAAAGAGAAGAAGAAUGAAAAUAUAUUUGAUGGUGUCAGGGCUCCAGUGUCUGCCAGUGAACUUUUAGAAUCGAAGAUCAUAAACAAAGACUUAUUCAAUAAAUUGAGCAAUGGGAAGGUAACCGCUAAAGAGAUCUCUGAGAUGGAGUCUGUAAAGAAAGCACUGAAAGGAACAGACAGCAUUUCUGGAGUGAUGAAUGAAUCAACCAAGGAGAAAAUGUCAUUCUAUCAAGCUAUGAAGAAGGAGAUAAUGUCACCAGAGACCGCAGUGAACCUUCUGGAAGCUCAAGCAGCAACUGGAUAUGUAAUUGACCCUGUCAAAAAUGAGAAGUUCACUGUUGAUGAAGCUGUUAAAUCAGGUCUUGUUGGCCCAGAGCUACAUGAAAGACUUCUGUCUGCAGAGAGAGCUGUCAAUGGCUACAAAGAUCCAUACACGGGAAGAACUAUAUCUUUAUUUGAAGCCAUGAACAAAGGCCUCAUAAAGAGAGAACAUGGCAUUCGUCUAUUUGAAGCACAGCUCUCAACUGGAGGAAUAAUCGACCCUGUUAAAAGCUAUCACAUUCCAAAUGAGGUUGCUUGCAAACGUGGCUACUUUGACGAGGAAAUGACAAAGACUUUUAACAAGAACACUGAGGAAACAGAGGUUUUCUACGAUCCUAACUCAUCACAGAAUGCUUCCUAUGGACAACUCAUGAAGCAAUGUGUCACAGACAAAGAGACUGGACUUCCAUUGCUUCCUCUAUCAAAGAAAGCCUUAAAGUCAAAAGAAGAACAUAAAAUUACUGAGGCCAAAACUAAAGAGAAUUUGGACCAGGCAACUAUGGAGUUAGAGUAUGGACCUUUCAAAGGAAGAAAAGUCACAAUUUGGGAGAUCAUACACUCUGAAUACAUCACUGAGGAAAAGAGAAUAGAGUUGAUAAGACAAUAUAGAAUAGGCCAAGUGACAAUUGAAAGGCUGAUUAAGAUAGUGGUCACAAUGGUUGAGGAAAAAGAGGACAGAACGAAGGAAAAGGCUUGCUUUGAAGGACUUAGAGCACCUGUCACUGCCAGCUCAUUGCUUGAUUCCCACAUCAUUGAUAAGGCUACUUUUGAUCAACUCCAGCAAGGCAGGAAGCAACCUAAGGAAAUUAGUGACACUGAAACAGUCAGGAAGUACUUGCAGGGUACAGACUGCAUUGCAGGUAUAACUUUGGGGGAGUCAAAGGAGAAAUUAAGCAUAUAUCAAGCAAUUAAAAAUAACAUUUUGCAACCAAACACUGGGCUUGCACUACUUGAGGCCCAAGCAGCAACUGGUUUCAUUAUUGAUCCGGUCAAAAAUCGGAAGCACUCUGUGGAUGAUGCUGUAAAGGUGGGAGUUGUUGGCCCAGAGCUUCAUGAAAAACUUCUCUCAGCUGAAAAGGCAGUGACUGGAUACAAAGACCCAUACACAGGCAAUAAGAUUUCACUAUUCCAAGCAAUGAAGAAAGAGCUAGUAUCACGAGAACAUGCUAUCCCUCUUCUAGAGGCUCAGUUUACAACUGGAGGGCUCAUUGACCCAGUCAGCAGCCACCGAGUUCCCAAUGAUGUAGCCAUUAAACGGGGCUACUUCAGCAAGCAAAUGGCUAAAUCCUUCAAUGAACCUUCAGGGGACAUUAAAGGCUUCUAUGAUCCCAAUACCAGUGAAUGUGUUACCUACAAGCAGCUGCUGGAGAAAUGUGUAAACGAUCACACUUCUGGUCUGUGCUACCUGCCUCUUUCAAAGGCUGAAGCUCUAGCCCCUGUUGAAAAGUCCUAUCAGUACUCAGAAGAACAGGCCCAGACUGACUUAGCUGACACUCAAGUAGAUAUCCCACAUGAGAGUUUUGCUGGAAAGAGUGUGACCCUAUGGGAUGUAAUGAAGUCAAACCUGCUUCCAGAUGGGGAGAGCUGCCGCCUCCUGGAACAGUAUCGCUUAGGGCAAAUCACAAAAGAGAGAAUGCUAAUCAUCAUUAUUGAAAUCAUUGAACAAAGGGAAAUUCUAAAGACAGAGCAGAGCAUGUCAUGUGAUGUAAUAAGAAGAAGAGUUACAAUUGAGGAGCUUUACAGUGCUAGAAUUAUUGACUUGCAAACAUACCACCAAUUAAAACAAGAACAGAUAACUAUUCGUGAGGUAAUGGAAAUGCCAUCUGUAAAACAGUACCUCUUUGGUACUGGUUGUAUAGCUGGCAUUAUGUCAGACAACCCUCCAAGGAUCAGCAUUUACCAGGCUAUGAAGAGGGGUCUCAUUAAGCCUGAGAUUGCUUUAAAUCUCCUUGAGGCCCAGGCAGCAACAGGAUUCAUGAUUGAUCCAGUGAAAGAUGAGCUUCUGACUGUUGAUGAGGCUGUACGCAAGGGACUCGUAGGCCCUGAGAUGCAUGACAAACUUCUGUCUGCUGAGAGAGCAGUUACAGGUUAUAGGGAUCCAUACAGUGGGAAAGUAAUUUCUCUCUUCCAGGCAAUGAAAAAGGACCUUGUUCCUGAGGAUUAUGCCCUUCGGCUUUUGGAGGCCCAGAAUGCCACUGGGGGAUUGAUGGAUCCUGAAUAUUAUUUCCACCUCCCCACUGAUGUUGCCAUGCAACGCGGCUAUAUCAACAAGGAGACACAUGACAUAAUAUCUGAUCCUAACGGGGAUGUGAAAGAUUACACUGAUCCAACUACAGAUGAUAAACAGUCCUAUGUCCAGCUAUUGAAAAGAUGCAAAGUUGAUAAAGAAAGUGGUUUGCGUUUGCUGUCACUGGCAGACAGAAGGCUUCUCUUCAAAGGUCUCAGAAAGCAAAUUACUGUGGAUGAGCUGCUUCGCUCUCAGAUCAUUGACCAAAAGACAUACAAUGAACUUACUGAGGGUGUCAUUACAGUGGAAGAGUUAAGCAGAGACCUUAAGAAGUAUCUGGAGGGUAUCAGCUGUAUUGCUGGGGUAUAUGUUGAAUCUAGCAAAGAUCGUCUGUCAAUCUAUCAAGCAAUGAAGAAGAACAUGAUUAGACCAGGGACUGCUUUUGAGCUUCUUGAGGCCCAAGCAGCAACAGGAUAUGUCAUUGAUCCUAUUAAGAACCUAAAGCUCAAUGUCAGUGAAGCAGUUAAAAUGGGAAUUGUUGGCCCUGAAUUCAAAGAUAAACUCCUCUCUGCUGAGCGGGCUGUAACAGGCUACAAGGACCCUUAUUCUGGCAAGAUCAUCUCUCUCUUCCAGGCUAUGAAAAAGGGCCUCAUUCUUAAAGACCAUGGCAUUCGCCUGUUGGAGGCUCAAAUUGCUACUGGUGGAAUCAUUGAUCCAGAGGAGAGCCAUCGCUUGCCAGUUGAAGCAGCUUAUGACCGUGGCCUCUUUGAUGAGGAAAUGAACGAAAUCCUCACCGACCCUUCUGAUGACACUAAAGGUUUCUUUGACCCUAAUACUGAGGAAAACCUCACCUAUCUCCAGCUCAUGGAGAGAUGCAUGAUAGACCCACAGACUGGACUUGCUCUUCUACUUUUGAAAGAAAAGAAGCGUGAGAGAAAGACAUCCUCAAAGUCAUCUGUGCGCAAACGCAGAGUAGUCAUUGUGGACCCAGAGACAGGCAAAGAAAUGUCUGUUUAUGAGGCUUAUCGCAAAGGACUUAUUGACCACCAGACCUACAUGGAACUGGCAGAGCAAGAGUGUGAAUGGGAGGAGAUUACAAGAACCUCAUCUGAUGGGGUUGUGAAAUCCAUGAUCACUGACAGGAGGUCAGGCCGCCAAUAUGAUAUUGACGAUGCAAUCUCAAAGGGCCUGAUUGACAAGUCCGCUCUGGAUCAAUACCGUGCGGGAACUUUGUCCAUCACAGAGUUUGCAGACAUGCUCUCUGGAAACAUGAGUGGUGUCAGAUCACGUUCUUCCUCCUUUGGCUCCUCUUCCUCUUACCCCAUGAGCCCAGUGCCUUCUAUCAAAACCCCAGCAACCACAUGGAAUGACCCAACAGAGGAGACCGGACCUGUGGCUGGUAUCCUGGACACAGACACACUGGAGAAGGUGUCUGUCACAGAGGCCAUGCACAGAAAUCUUUUGGACAAUAUCACAGGUCAAAGGUUGCUGGAGGCUCAGGCCUGCACAGGAGGCAUUAUUGACCCAAAUACUGGAGAAAAGUUCUUAAUUGCAGAUGCAGUGAACAAAGGACUCGUAGAUAAGAUCAUGAUUGACCGCAUCAAUCUUGCCCAGAAGGCCUACAAUGGCUUUGAGGACCCAAGAACCAAAACCAAAAUGUCAGCAGCCCAAGCGCUAAAGAAAGGAUGGCUGUAUUAUGAGGCUGGACAACGAUUCCUUGAGGUCCAAUAUCUUACCGGUGGACUAAUUGAACCAGAUGUUUCCUCCAGAGUAUCUAUAGAUGAGGCUGUAAAAAACGGCACUUUAGAAGCACGCACUGCACAGAAGCUUCGAGAUGUUAGUGCAUAUUCUAAAUACCUCACAUGCCCUAAAACAAAGCUUAAAAUCUCCUACAAGGAUGCUAUGGAUAGAAGCAUGGUGGAAGAAGGGACUGGUCUGCGACUGCUAGAAGCAUCAUCUCAAUCAAGCAAAGGCCUCUACAGUCCCUACAACAUUAGUGGGUCAGGCUCAGCUACUGGGUCACGGUCUGGUUCACGAACUGGUUCCAGGUCAGGAUCUAGAAGGGGUAGCUUUGAUGCCACAGGUUCCAGUUUCACCACAACGACCUUCUCCUCAUCAUAUGGCUCACCCAGCUAUGGCCGCAGAUAUUGAUAGUUUAAUUUAAGUGGAGCAAAUGCUUUUUUGAGGAGAAAAUGUUUAACGCUAUACACCCACAGUGCUCAUCGGAUAUCUGAUUUUCAAAGAAAAAGACUACCUUUAUUCUGCUCUGCAUGUGGUUGUUACAAGAAUUUUGAUAUUAAGUUCUAUUACAGUCUAAACAUACUUGUUCGCAAUACAUUUUAUUUUAUUUUUUAAAAUUACAACUUAUGUUGACACCAUUUAUACUAUCUUAUCAAAUCAGAUUUAUCAUACUUUAUACAUUUGCAAACUGAAAAGCUGUAUUAUUUUACUCUGAAUUUACAAUAUCUGUGACAAAGUUUUCAUUGAUAAAAUAUCUGAAACAUUUUCUAUAUUUCGAGCUAUAAAUGUCACAAAAGUUUUAGGGUUGUAUGAUUACUAGAUUUUGUUUGCUCGGUAUGUUUUAUGCUAUGUUGUAACCAGAAGUGUUUGUGUCAGUUUAUCUUGUUUUAUCAUAAACUACAUUGAGUGUAAAAACAAGCUGUUAAGCAGAAAUUUCUGUACAUGUGUAUAUUUAUUAGUAGUAAAAAAGUAGCUGAACAAAGAAGAAUGCCACUCUGCAGAGCAGAAUAAGGAGUCCCCAGACAAUUAUUGAAACUUGGGAUUUGCUGGGGUUUGCUUUAAGAAUGUCAAGCUCGAAGAUCUUUUUCCAUCCCGGCUACACUGCCACCUGUACUCUGCCAAUAUCUAAGCUCCCCUUUCCCAGUUUUCAUUCAGAUAACCUGGGAAUGAACUCAUGUCUCCAGAGAAUAACUACCCAACAAGUUCAAACGUCCGUUCUUUGUUCAUGUUUAACCUCAUCAAACACCUUCACAAACAGACAUGACCUUUGGAUACUAACUUCAGUCAUUAAAUUGACACUUCCAAAUGAAGAACAAGGAGCUAAACGUAGCACAUCUAAUGGCCUUGUUGCCCAGUAUAACCAUCACCAUUAUCAUUGGACAGCUCCUGACAAGGCCAUCAUAUGUAAGCCAGUGCUUCUCUGGACACCUAAAACAUAUUCCUGUCUCAAAACCGAUCAUCUCUCCAGCUCUUUGCUCUGAUAUGGACCCAUGGUAUUAUACUGGACUGUCAUUGGCUGUAAUCAGUGAUCAUACCCAGGAGUACAUCACAAGCCAGGAUCCACAUCUUAUUUUCACACAACAUGAGAUUCAUUCACCAGUGGACUAUUUUGAAUGUUACAACUAAUCUUGAAGUCAUGAAAACAGUUUCAGGCUAGCUCGAAAUCAUGCUUUUGUAAGUGCCUGCCAAAUACUGUGUAAUAUACUGGAGAUAUGUACAGAAUAUAAAGAUUGGGCGGUGCUCAAACUGUAAAUUGACUGAUGCAUGACUGAACAAACACUAUCCAUAACUCUGAAUAACAAAAUUUCUCUGUUAUCAGUUAAUCCUUUCUACAAAACUAUUAUACCACAUCUUAACCUUAAAACAAUAACAGGUUGUUUCAAUGUCAUAAUGCUCAAAUUCACAUGGGGCUAAAUGUAUGGUUUGAAUGUCUAAUGUAUGUAACUAUUCAAAGAAUAAUCAGAAUAUUUUUUUUCCUGGGAAAAUCCUCACAGGAAAUUAAUGUAAAGCAUUGUAUUUAAUGUAUAUUGCUAUUUAGAUAGAACACUAUCGCUGAAAGCCAUUAAUUUUAAGCAAUGAUUUUUUUCCAUUUAUUUUUGUUUUUAUUUUGAAAAAGAUCUUUAAGCUUUGUCACUUAUUGCCAUUGAACCUGGUAUUUGUUUGAUAUACAUUUUCCGUCGUAAGGCAUUGUGUUCUUUCAGUCUCCAUUUUAUUUUGAUAUGAAAUAUUUUUGCUCUGCAUGUUUUACUAAAGUUGAAAAGAUUCAUCAUAUCUGCUUUUCCCUUGUGUUAUUGCAUUUUAAAAGGUCUGAAGGAUUUAUUUUAAUAAGAUGGGGUAUAAAGGCCUUGUUCAAGAUGGUGUAUUUAUAGUUCAAUGGUGGAAAGGAAUUUUAAUGUAACACCUUACAUAAUGUAAAUAAACAUGAAAAAUAG